GAGUGCAGGAAAGAAAUCGCCAGACAUGUCUGAUUUUAAGAAAAAACCCAGUAGAACAAAUAUAGAUCCUUCAACGAAUAGAAGAAAUCCACCGACAAGUAGAAGAGAUCAGCCGACGAACAGAAGAGAUCCACCAACGAAUAAGAGAGAUCCAACAAUGACUAAGAAAGAAAAAACAGGAAGAGACGGUAAAAGAUCGGUGAGUCUUCCGCCUCUGAAAACAGAAAGAAGUACCAGGAAGGCAAAUCGUGUUCCCGAAUGGAAUAAGCGGCCUUGGAGCUUAGAACCAUCUAGGGAUAUCUAUAAAACGGAACAGUCAAGAAGUACUCGAGACAAAAAAUCCAACUUUAAGCCACAUACCACUUCCCAAAAGGAUUUAUGGUCUAUUUACAAUGCCAAACCUAGGUUCCCGACACCUUACCGCCCUGACAGCUCUUUGUCGAUGAAGUCCAACUUCUCCCGCCCCAGUAGCAGAAGCUCAAGCAUUCAGAAAUGGCAUAAAGAUACUGAAGCUGCUUACGAUACAGUAAGCCAGAGGAGUCUGCGCUUUGAUAAACAUGUCAAAAAACUUGCUUCCGUUACAACUAAAUUCGACAGAGAUGCCGAGAGAGCCAGGAAAGAAAGAGAACGUAAAAAUAAAGAAGAAAGAGAAAGGGUUUUGAAAAAUUUAAAGGAAAGGAGAAGGGAUUUUGCGGAAAGGAAUUAUAAACGUGUUCACCAACAGUUUGUUUCACCAAAAGUAUUAGAACAUGAAAGAGAUGAAAGAAACACUUAUGGCCUUCCAAAAUAUUUACUGUUUGAUGUGAAGUAUCCCAAAUCCAAAUCGAAACAAGACGAUUCAAAAUCUCAAUCUCCAAGACUUCAAAAGCAUUCACAACUUCCUGCCAGUACAAAGUUUGCUCUAAAAACGGACAAGAAAACUCAACAACAGAAAAACAGUUCAACCAAUAAGUCAGGCGAUUUUCGUUCUGCAAGUCGACAGAGAGAUUACCAGGAACUGUAUAAGAUUUAUUGCAUCCCAGGAAAUAGCAGACUCCGGGACUGGGCCAAAGAGGAAAAUGCUGCUCUUGCAAUAGCCUUCAAUAGACGCCCGCGACACACAGAAAAACCUAGAUCAAGCACUCUGCCAUCACUGAGGAUGAAUAUUUACAAGUCCCCGUAUGUUAACAACAGCAAACCACAGAGACUGGUGCCAGUUCAUUGAAGAAGACGGCAAAAUAGUCUCUCGCAAACCAGAGAAAAACAGCAAAAUAGUCUUUCGCAAACCAAAGGUUCAAAAGGA